AGUACGGGAAUGGAUUAGCGAGUCUAUGGGUCGUUUAGUAGCAGUUGAACAGCAGAAUGAACAAGGAUGCCACGAAGACUGCCAAGUGGGUGCUUUUGGUGCCCUUCAUCCUGUGUGUCCGACUGUGCAAGAGCAAAGCCAGUGACAACAUCACGGACUUUGACUGGCUAAAUGAGACGCAGCUGCUGCAAGUGGAUGGCUCUGACAAUGGCACAGAUUCCACCGAACCCAUCCCGGAUUUGCAUUUGCAGUUGCACAACAUCACUGUCAAUUGCCAUCCGUGCAACAACAGCAACAGUGGCAGAAGUACGGAUUCCAACGUCCCGCUGGAGCAGCUGGUGCAUCAUCAGCAAAUUGUUCGACUUGCUUUCAUGGCCUUGCUGCUGCACAUUCUCGUUGUGGGCGUGGCAUUCAUCAUCUACAGCUGCGUGUACUGGAAGAGCCGGGCCCUAAAGAGGCGCCACAGACUGAACGCCCAGGGCACCCUGCAGCUCUCCGCCCUACAGCAUCGGCAUGUAACCAGCACUCAGAGCUGUUCCUGCCACGAAUGCCAGCUGUCCGGGCGAAUACUGCACGGCCUGAUCGUUCAGCAGUUCCAGGAGAUUGCCGAAUGUUGAGCAAAUGGACAAACACUUUGACAACCACCUUCUGCUACAUACUAUAUACAAGUUAUAUUCUUGGUUAGGAAACAUUGUUUCUGCAUAAUUUGGAGUCAAGGUCACAAUAUAUAUUUCCCAAUGCAACAUUCGCUUGGUAGUAGUUGUACAUACAGAUUUCGUAUAUCCUUGCAUACAUGUGAAUGGCUGCCCCUUGUCCCCCUUUACUAUCGUCCCUCUGCCUCGAACGAGACACGCUUCAAAGGACAUAAAUGUCAAUGCAAUGUCAAUAACUAAUUCAAUCGCACACAUGCAGACAUUCAUACUCGUACUGGCACAGAUACUGAAACAGACAUGUCGGCAGUUGCAUUGUCGUCAAAAUGCACCAACAUCUGACGAUGGAGACAGAGGGAAACAGAGAGAGUCGGAGGGGUGCGAGCGGCCCACUCCACAAAGGUCAAAGUUCAUCAUCAUUUACAGCAGGCUACCCUAACCCUUCUUGGUUCAACAUUUCUUUCGCUUUCCACUUCUCGAGUUCGUCUCUACUUCCCGCACGUCCGCAUUAAUGAAUACAAAUAAUCCGAUUAGUCAAUUUUCCCUCUCUCUCUCUCUCUCUCUCUCUUUCUCUCUUUCUCACACACCGUCCAAUCGAAAUAAUGAAAAUAAUAUUUUGUUGGGUUGAACUUGAUUGGUUCUCUCAAUUAUUUUUAAAUAUUAAUUAUUAUUAUAUGUAUAUGUAUAUUAUUAGCUAUUUUUAUUAUUGCACUUCCUUAUACAUACAUAAAUAAUAAAUAAUAAUGUAAGAUGUACUAUCAAAUGGCAUUAAAAAGAAUAGCAUCGUAUGAGUCGCUUCGAAAAUGGACGAACGUUAAAUUACAUAACAAACUGAAUGUGA